AUGCAUAUCAAGGACAUACUAGCUGGCUCUGAGCAGUCCGGCCAGCCAACCUUCUCGUUCGAGUUCUUUCCUCCCAAGACAGCUCAGGGUGUACAAAAUUUAUACGACCGUAUGGACCGCAUGCAUGCAUUCGGCCCUAGCUUCAUUGAUAUUACCUGGGGCGCCGGAGGACGACUAGCAGAGCUCACUUGUGAGAUGGUAGGUGUAGCUCAGACAACAUAUGGCCUCGAAACUUCUAUGCAUCUUACAUGUACCGAUAUGGGCGAGGACAAGGUCAAUGAGGCACUCAACAACGCACGCAACGCUGGGUGUACCAAUAUUCUGGCCCUUCGUGGAGAUCCACCUCGAGAGAAAGAGAAAUGGGAAGCCACUGAAGGUGGAUUUCAAUAUGCAAAGGAUCUGGUCAAGCACAUUCGAGCGAAAUAUGGAGAUCACUUCGACAUAGGCGUUGCAGGCUAUCCCGAGGGAAGCGAUGAUCAAAAGGACGAAGCGAUUCUUCUAGAGCAUUUGAAGGAGAAGGUUGAUGCGGGUGCUACGUUCAUUGUUACCCAGAUGUUCUACGAUGCCGACAAUUUCCUUCGAUGGGUCUCAGAGGUCAGAGCCAAAGGCAUUACUGUUCCAAUCGUUCCGGGAAUCAUGCCAAUCAAUACUUAUUCAAGUUUCCUACGACGAGCAAAUCAUAUGGGCUGCAAGAUCCCACCAGAAUGGAGUGCGGCUUUGGAAGAGGUCAAGAACGACGAUGCCGCGGUUCGAAGCAUUGGCACUGGUCUUGUAGCGGAAAUGUGUCGCAAGAUUUUGGCAGGCGGGAUUCACCACUUGCAUUUCUAUACGAUGAACUUGGCGCAAGCUACUCGUAUGGUCUUGGAGCAACUGGAUCUACUGCCAUCCGUGCACCGACCUCUCACUCAACCUUUGCCGUGGAGACAAUCGCUGGGACUCGGACGCCGCGACGAGGACGUGCGCCCAAUCUUCUGGAAAAAUCGCAACAAGUCAUACGUUGCGAGAACUCAAGAUUGGGACGAAUUCCCCAAUGGUCGGUGGGGUGAUGCGAGAUCACCUGCCUUUGGAGAACUUGAUGCCUAUGACAUCGGGCUCAAAGGCACCAACGAGCAAAAUCGCAAGCUUUGGGGAGAACCGAAGACCAUCAAGGAUAUUGCCAACGUCUUCGUGAAGUACCUAGAAAAUGGUGUCGAAAGUCUUCCCUGGAGUGAAGCGCCAAUCACGAACGAGGCAGAUAUCAUCAAGGCAGAUCUAAUCAGUCUCAACCAGCGUGGAUUCCUUACCAUCAACUCCCAGCCAGCAGUCGAUGGUGUAAAGUCGAGCGAUCCAGUCUAUGGUUGGGGGCCACGUAAUGGAUAUGUAUAUCAAAAGGCUUACCUGGAACUCCUUGUUCCUCCCAAUUUGAUUGGCGAAUUGAUCGCUCGUAUCGAACGUGAUCCUGAAUUGACCUAUUAUGCAGUCAGCAAAGCGAGCCCCCUAAAGACCAAUUCUGCAGAUGGGCCCAAUGCUGUGACUUGGGGUGUAUUCCCUUGCAAGGAGAUUGUUCAGCCAACUAUCGUUGAGCGUAUAAGCUUCCUAGCAUGGAAGGAUGAAGCUUUCCGUCUGGGUACGGAUUGGGCACGCUGUCACUCGUCUCUGAGUCCAAGUCGCCAUCUGAUUGAGAACAUGAUGGAGACUUGGUUCCUCGUGAAUAUAGGUAAUAGCUUUCUUCUAUUUUAUGUUGGCAUGAACUUGGCGCUAACGAUCCAACCAUAAGUCCACAACGACUUCCAUCAAAGCCAUGGACUCUUUCCUUUGUUCGAUGGGCUCCAAGUCAAUGACUUGAACAAGGAAUUCGAAGUCAUUGCUGUAAAUGGUCAUUCCCAGACCAACGGCGAUCACGAGAAAUCCAACGACAUCAAAAACACACGUCUCACAAAUGGCGCGUGAUGCGUGGGGAUUUCCUUACGACUUAAUGAUUCAACAUGCAAGUGGAUGAUGAGGACAUUUUCAUAUGGACUAUUUGCAUUGCAUUAUAGCGCGGUGUUUGGGGCAAAACUUCAACAAAUUUGGCGUUUAAGCUGAAGAUCUCAACGAUCUCGAUUGGUGGAAAAGCAAAUAAGUUUUGCAUGGUCACAACGGAGUUAUCAUUCUGCAAUAGAGGCCAGAGUAGGGCAGAUAUGCCUUCAACGGCUUUACAUAGUCAACGAAAAGACUGAGAGUUCUUCGC